UUUGACAUCAAUAUAUUUAUAGGGGAGAGCGGGGUAGUGUGAGACAUUUUUUACAUUUGCUCCCCUCUAGGCGAGCUAAAAUGAUAUAUCAGUCAAAUGUACACAUUUCCCAUUAAUUCAGGAUGUUUCCUAGCAAUGGAAAUGAUCAGAAUGUCUUCAGGACAAAGGGCAGUGAAAAUAUGACUGUUUUUUUUUUAAAGUGGACUUGUGUCCCACUUUACCCCAGCUUCGGGGUAAAGUGAUCCACUUACAUUUUCCACUUUAAAACUACAAUAACAAAGCAUGUUGUACUAGUUGAAAUCCUGAAAGGUAGAUUGACAACCACACAUUCCAAAACUAAUGUCGGACUAGUAACAGAAUCAUGGGGAUUGGUCAAUUAGGCAAAUUUAUGAUUAUUAAGAUUCAUGUGAUCUUUUGCACAACCUAGCUUACUUGCACAUUGUUUCUCUGUCCAAUUGGCAGGGACAGGGAUAUUGUUUUUCUCUGCGUAUUCAAAAGCCAUUUUGUACUUUUGUAAGUACUUCUAUCCCUUCCAGCUUUUUUUAAUGACUUCUUUCCUUGCAUGACCUCAGCGGCUGCACUCUCCCUGUCUCUGGGAGGGGUGUUCGGCUUGAAAAACAUAAUGUUCACAUGACCACAUAUGUUCCGUUGGCUAGAAACAGGGGGUGUCUCAAAUUACACGAUGUCUCACAUUACCCCGCUCACCCCUACUACUGACAUGUAUUUCUUAGAGCUCAAAUCAUGCAUGUGCUUUCUAUAUAAACCAAUUACCCCCCCGCCCCCCUUGAUUGAAUGAAUGGUCUCUAACGCAAGUCUAGGUUGUGUCUUUUGUGUGUUUUAAACAUCUUAGUGUCUCAGGAAAAGUAGGAUUGGGAAAUUGUCUUUUCUUUCUACUGUUGUUAACUAAAUCAAUCAUAUCAGGAUGAGAAAUUCAAACUGAACUUUAAACUUAAUUAAUCUGUGUUGCCUAGAAUUAGCAAAUAGAAAUAAAAAAGAAUUUGGUUCCACCUGCAGUUGCUUUUAUUCCACAUUCAUAUCAUCCAUUUUGAAAUUCAAUAAUCAAGACAGGUUGAUUCUAUUUACAGUUUGCAUCUAAAACAGGGGUUUGACUCCUCCUCCAUGUAACUCUUGUUAGAAAAUAAAAAAAGUUUACUUUAUAACCAGACCCAAGGUCAGAUUCUUGUUGAGUUUAAUGCUGAUUUGGUUGUAUCUUUGUUUGUGUGUUAACAACCGAUUUCAUUAUAAAGACUGAUUCAUUUCUUAAUUUCUCUCUUUCCUAAUAAAUGAGGAGGAAGUGGGAGGCAGCCUCUCGUUUCCUCAUAAGAAACCACGAUGCACAUCACACUGAAUGAUGUGUUCACAUCUUUUCAGACACAGCUGGAAACCACAGAAUCUCAUUUGAGUCACGUGAACAUUUUGAAGCCCAACUCAAUACUGUUUUUUAACAGAAAAAUCCAUCCACAUGUGACCUGAUCAAAUGGAUAAAUAGCUCUUGGCUCCAUGUGUUUGAAUAUGAAUCUGAAUAAGCUACAUUAAUUCAGUAACUUCAAGAUAAGUUUGCAAUUUGUUAUUGUUUUUUCUACACAGGAAAAAAACAAUAGAUACAUUUUGUAUUAAUCCCAAACACACAUGCACAGUCACACUACAUGCAGAUGAGGGAAAAUUGUCCUCUGCUUUUGACCCAUCUGGUGAACAUAGCAGGACACACAGAGCAGUGGGCAGCCAUGCACGGCUCUCUGGGAGCAGAUGUUGGGGGAGUAAGGUGCCUUGCUCAGGGGCACCUAGACAGUGAAGGUAGGGACAGUCCUCUUUGGACUUUAGAACAGAUGCAGGGGUUGUCCAUCCAGGUAUGUUUUUAUUGUCACUGCGAGGAGUCGAACCAGAGACCUUCCAGUCUGGACCUUCCAGAUGUGAAACUGCUCCAGAGGUGAAGUGUGUCGUCCUUUAAUUGGACUGAAUCCACUGAUAUUUGCUUUGCUCAUGUGACUGAGUGACAAGUGUCUAAAUCCAAAAGUCGCCUGCUGCACAUUACUUCACAGUCUCUGGUCGACAGGAGAAAGUCGGGGCUGAUGGAUAUUUUCUCUACAUGCAACUAGCACAUGACGACAGAGGAGACAUGUCACUUAGGGGAAUUGAUCAACAGGAAGUAAACGCCACAUUCCACCUUUUACUAAGAACCGAGAAGCAGAAAAGAGAAAAAAGAAGAAUGGAUGAAAUCAAACGGAUUAAAAUAUCUUUACAUCUGCUACUGGUGCUGAUUCUGUUUACAGCGCUCGCUGAACAAUAUUCCUCCAUCAUCAUCAGAGCUGGAGCUGAAGUCACUUUGCCUUGUCACAAUGUGAGAGACGAUCAUGUGAACUGUGGAGCUACUGACUGGGUCUUCUAUGAUUCAGAGACAAAUGGAUCACCACAUGUGUUUGUAAAAGGGCAGCUUGACACAUCUGUGAUUUCCAAAUCUAAAGCAGACCGACUACGUCUCGCUGCAAACUGUUCUCUGGUUAUUAGGGAGGUCACAGCUGAAGAUGCUGGUGAUUACAUCUGCAGACAGUUUGUCCUGACUGAUGAAAAUCAUGUGGUUUUUAUCUCUGUUGUCAACGUGACUGAGGAGGAGAGAACUGAUGAGGUGACGUUGAGCUGCUCUGUGUCGACAUUUAAAACCAGUGUCCUCACAGUGAAGUGGCUGUUUAUGAAUAUGGAUGUGGAUGAGAACAACAAAGAACUGAAGACAUCACAGUCUCGCCGCUCAGCCACUGUGAGCUUCUCAAAAUCCCAUUCUGUUCACAAGAUGAAGAACUAUGGCUCAUUAACAUGUAAAGUGAAGGAUGAUUACACAGAGGAAACGUUUGCCUUCAUCCCUCCGUCAUCAGAAGGAAAGAACAAACCGGCUCCAGGAAACAACGAGAUGUCAACAGACUGGUGGUGGUACAUUCGUCUGGUUGUGGGUUGUGCUACAAUCGUAACAUUGGUUGUGAUUCUCAUCAAAUGGAGAGGAAACAAGAUCCAGGGUCGUGAUGUUGCAGUGGCCUACAGCACUGGGGAAGCUCCCUCCUCUUCUACUGGACCCUCAGCUGAUCCCAGCAGCCUCUAUGCCAACGUCACAUUCAAACAAUAGUAGAGUCACAUUUUACAUCGAUAUAUAUUUAUAACAUGAAUCAUUUGAUUAAACUUUCUGCUUUAAAAACAAAGUCACUCGCAAUAAUCGUUGAUAAUUAUGUGAUUCUCAUUAGAUAGAGAAAGAGUCCAAGGUUGGAAAGUUCCCAGAUGAAACUUUGAUUUAGUUUAAACGACUGCCAAUGUCUGACUGUCUGUAAAGUUCUCAAUAUAAAGUCACUUUUAUCGUGUGGACUGGAUUAAACCAGUUUUCUGCCA